AUGUCGCGCCCUUAUCCGUGCCCCCGGCUUGGUCCUGGCAAAUGCUGCACCGCCCAGUUCUGCCCCGAGUUCUGCAAGAUGACAGACAGGGAGCUGAUCCAGUGCUUACCAAGAGCACAGGAGCACCUGCGACAAUGCUGUGAAACCGUUGGAGCUGUAGUGGCGCGAAACCCAAGUGACAGGAAAGCAGUGAUUGCUCUUUCAGUGUAUCGCCAAUUGCACCGUGCUUCUCUGACCGUCAAUGCACUGGACCGACUGAUGGCUGAGGGAUUCUGUGUGUUUUGCUUCUGUCUGGUCAACGCUUGUGAGUGCUGCUAUCGCCGCAACCCUCUUCCAAGGCCGUCAUCAUGA